AUGCCCGUGCGCCACUGCUUCGCGGGCGAGGACGACGACGGGCCCGAGCCCCCGGGCAUGGAGUUCUUCGUCUGCGGCGGCGUCCACUUCCUGGGCUGCUCCGACGAGAGCUCCAUCCUCCUCUGCACCGACGAGCAGGACCACGGCCGCCAGGAGGGGCACGGCGCCUUCGGCCGCCGCGAGCCGUCGCCCGGCGCGCGCGAGCCGCACUCGCCGACGGGCGUCGAGAUCUCGGGCGACGCCGCGGAGCUCCGGGUCCACGCGCACGCCGUGCCCGUGAGCUCCUUCACGGGCGAGCCCGUGGACCUGACGGGCGCGCCGGACCCCGUCAUCGACGCCAUGCGGCCCAGCGACGCGACCGCGCAGCUCAUCCGCGAGUUCGAGCUCGGCAGCGCGCGCGCGUCCGCGCAGUGGGGGCCGGACCCGGAGAGCGACGCGGACCGGCGCGAGCGCUACGACUCCAUGCUCCAGCGGACCUUCGUGACGAACGCGCCCUGGCAGGCGCUCUACGACCUCAUGCCGCUCCGGCCCGACGAGCGCGACCUCUUCGAGAAGCACCUGGACCGCGAGAUCGUCUGGGCCCGCAUGAAGGACACGGAGCGCAACGCGACGCUGCUCUGGCGGGCGGCGCAGCUCGGCGACGCCGUCGCCGUGUCCAUCAUGAUCCGCAAGCGCCUCGGCGACCUCGCCGGCGAGCGCGACUCGGGCGGGCUCAACGCGAUGGAGGUCGCCAAGCUCGAGGGCCACCACGAGUGCGCGCGCCUCCUCGAGCCCUUCGUGCGGGACGAGUGCGUCACGCCGAACACGCCCGCGGCGCGCAAGUUCCAGCGCGGGAGCUCGAAGAGCCGCCUCUUCAACGGCUUCCGCAUGCCGCGCCUCCUCUCCUUCCGCGGCAAGCCCAAGCCGUCGCCGAAGCCGUCGCCGCCCCAGCGGUCCCGCUCGAGUACGCAGUGA